CGAAGCCAGUGAGCUCCCAAAAGGCUUCUUGCUAGAACAACCGGUUUGUAUUGGUGCUCCAAGGAACGUAUAUAUUGAAGAGCAGUUGAUCACUUCAUCCAUAACCAACAGGGCUAAGGGCAUGGAGAUUGUUAGUCUAAUUGUCGGAAUAGUUGACAAGUAUGCAGUUGAACCAGCUAUACGCCAAGUGGGUUACCUAACUCACUGCAAAAGCAACCUUGAGAAUCUACAGACUCAAGUGAACAACUUAAAUGACGCUAGAGAGCGGCUACGGCUGGAGGUUGUUCGAGCUGAAGAACUAGGUGAAGGAAUCCACACUGACGUCCAGAACUGGCUGGAUGAAGUGGUUGAGAUCACCGAGAAGGCGAACGAAUUAUGGAAGCCUGAUACGCAAGCAAAGAUGAGCUGUCUCCGUGGGGUUUGUCCAAACCCAGUGCACCGUUACAAGCUAGGCAGGAGAUCAACAAAGUUGGAGCGGGUGGUUGUUAACCUCUUCGCAAAAAAAGAUUUCGCUAGCAUUUCGUACAAUGUCCGCCCACAAGAUGUAUCCGUGGUAUCUGACAGACAUUAUGAGGCAUUUGAUUCGAGGACUUCAACUGUAAAGGAAAUCAUGGAUGAACUGAGACUUCCUAAUACCGACCUGAUUUUGGUGUAUGGUAUUGGAGGCGUGGGGAAGACCACACUGGUUGAAGAAGUCCUUAGGCAAGCUGUAAAAGAAAAGUUAUUUGCUGAUGCGGUUAUGGUAAGAAGUGUGCAAAAUCCGAACCUUGAAGGAAUUCAAAAAGAAAUUGCCAGAAAGUUGGGUAUGGAAGUUCAAGAAAGCGAAACUAUGUCAGUAAGAGCACCUCGUCUAUGUGACAGAGUAAAAGACAAGAAUGUUCUUGUAAUUUUAGACAACAUUUGGGAAAGCAUUGACUUGGAGGCGGUAGGACUUCCUUGUCUGCCGAAUUGCAGAAUACUUCUGACAUCCAGAACUCGAAAACUGCUAUCCUCAGAGAUGCGGUCGCAAAAAGACUUUGAGCUUCGAGUUUUAAACGAGGAAGAAGCUUGGCAUUUAUUUGAGACGAAAGCAGGUGAUGUUGUUAAAAAUCCCGACAUACGAACUGUGGCAACCGAUGUAGCCGAAAAAUGCGGAGGUUUGCCAGUUUUGGUUGUCACAGUCGCAAGCUCUUUAAGAAAUACUAGUGCUUUACCAGUAUGGAAGAAUGCCUUGAGAAGCCUAAAAGCGUUUGACUACGAAGACUCAGCCCAACAAGAAGCAUUCUCAGCUUUAGAGUGGAGUUACAAUCAAUUGGAUGAUCAAAAGCUUAAGCCACUAUUCUUGAUCUGUGGAAUUUUUGUAUAUGAUACGGGAUACGCUGAUCUGACAGACUUGUUGAAAUGUACAAUUGGUUUGGGUUUGUUUAAGAACAUCGAUUCAGUGGAGGACGCACGAUAUGCAUUGUAUGCGCGGAUUGAAGAGCUUAAAGAUUCUGGUCUGUUACUCGACUCCUAUGACAAUACAUCAAUCAGAAUGCACGAUUUGUUAUGUGAUGUUGCCAUCAAGAUUGCAUCCAAAGGCCACCGUGCCUUACUAAGAGGAAACGGAGAUGUCUUGAAGGAAUGGCCAAACAUUAAGGAGUUUUCUGAAAAUUGCACAAUGAUCUCUUUGUCUUGCAAUAUCAUCCCUGAGCUUCCUGAAGUUUUGAAAUGCCAACAACUGGAGUAUUUUUAUUUGAACGUUGAUGGUGAGUUGCUUGAAAUCCCAGGUAACUUCUUUGAGGAGAUGAAAGAGCUUAAAGUUAUGGAUUUAACCGAUGCGCGUAUUUCGUCGCUGCCUCCAUCUCUUCUUCUCCUACGAAAUCUUCGGACAUUGUGUUUGGAUAGUUGCGUGUUGGGAGACGUAGCUCUAGUCGGACAGCUAUCGCAACUAGAAAUUCUCAGCUUUAUGUAUUCUACGUUUAAAAAGUUGCCUGAAGAAAUAGGGAAAUUGACUCGUCUUCGACUGCUGGAUUUAAAGGGCUGCUAUGGUCUCGAAGUGAUUUCACCUAAUGUUAUAUCACGUUUGACAAGUCUGGAAGACUUGAGAAUGAAAGAGAGCUUCAACGGAUGGGUGCCCGAAGGAGUAAGCGGAGAAAGAAGUAAUGCUAGCCUUUCAGAACUGAAGGACUUGCCUCAUUUAGCUGCAUUAAGCAUACAUAUUCCAGAUGCUGGCAGUAUUCCGACGGACUUGUUCACUGACAAGUUAAAAAGAUACCAAGUAUUAAUCGGUGCUUGGUGGGAAUCGGAUGAUGAGGAUGAAACCCUCAACUCAUUGACGCUUUACGAAAUGCGGGAGUUGCUGUAUCUACGCAACGAGAAUUUCCCAGGGGCAGGCCCAGUUUUUCCAAACUUGGAAGUUCUGCGAGUGGUGGUAUGUCCAGAAUUGAAGGAGAUAGGGUCAUCAGCUAUUCCCUUCAAGAAUUUAACAACUUUGGAAGUAUAUGGUUGUCACAGCUUGAAAUAUUUAGCAACAUAUACGAUAGCCAAAACUUUAAAGCGGCUAAGAACAAUGACGGUUGGGGGCUGUGAAAGAAUGAGAGAAAUAGGGGCAACGACAUCAGAUGGAGAUGAUGCAGGAAAUGAUGGUGAGAUUUCUUUUUGCCAGUUGCAAAGUUUGCAACUUUUCUCUCUACCAAGUCUGCAAGAUUUCUUCUCUGGAAAUUGCAUUGUCAAAUUCCCAUGCUUGAAAACUGUAAAUAUAUAUGAAUGCCCUAAGUUGAAGAUCAACAGCUCUGAGUGGAAGAGUUCCCCAGAACUACAAGGAGUGCGGAUAACAGAACAUUAUGUGCGGUGGCCAUGAGGAUGAUGAUGUUGACUGUUGAUACAGAUGAUGGUGUUGGUGAGGGUGACAAUGUUAAUGAUGACGGAAGCUAUGAUGAUUCUAACAAAUAGAGCGAAGGUGAUGCAGAUGUUGCUGAUGGAUCGUGGUGGUCGUGGCAAAACUAAACUCAAUGUACAUAAAGAAUUAACAACUUUGCUGCAUGGUUAGUUCUCUUGUUAACAUGUUUGUUAUUUCUGUGUGUAAUGGUUUUGGGUUUUAACGAAGACAAUCUUCUGCCCAUUUUAAAUUAAAUUUCGAAUAAUUUAAAAUAAAUUUUUUGCUUGAUUUUUAGUUUUCAUAAGCUGGUGUACUC